UGCAGGCUCCGGAUUAGAGGUGCUCGUCCCUGGGGGGCAGAGAGAGCACAUCCCCCCUCCGCCCCGUUGGAGGAGGUGUCGUGGCAGGUUAGAGAAGCACAUUCCCGGGCAGCCUGGAGGCAGGGAGGGGAGGGAGCAGGUGAAGGAAAGGCCCUUGCCCCUGCUCCACGGGUGAUGGAAAGCAGGGUGCCGUAGCGUGACAGCCUGAUCCCCUCCUGGAGCGCGGCCGGCGGCCGGCGGCAUGUGCAGGCGGAGCAUGUGUGCCGGGGCAUGUGCGGGGAGGCGUGUGCCCAAGAGCCGCCAACCAUGCCAAAAGGGUCUGGAGUGGCUAAUAUGGUGUGGCAGAGCAGAGCAGCCAGUCCAAGGACAACGGGGACUGCUGGGUGAUGGGGGUGAGAGACCAACGCUGGAUGCUCGAGGCUCAAGACACUGCGUCUCUAAAUGCCCGUGUUGGAGGCUUGUCCCAGACCACACAGGGGGCAUGAAUCAGUGAAGCUCCAUUAGCCGUGCGGCGGAGGACAGAGAGCGGGGCGCGCGUGCUCACAACAGGCUCACACGCGUUCACGGCCGGCACGUUUGCACACAGGAGACGCAAGAUUUCAGAGCCUAGCAGGCCGCUAAGCCGAGGAGGGCUUCACCCGCCAAGAACGCGGCAUCCGUGCAGCUAGAAAGGCCCCCUUGGUUGCUAUUAAAAGACAGUAGCGAGGAGGAGAGUCUCCAAAAUGGCUCCGCUGAGAGCUGCGCUUCUCCGGCAGCCUUGGCCGCAGGAAACCUUGGCCGCGUCUGGAGCGGGCCGACGUGAGUGUGAAACAUCUGGAGCCUGUGGCUGGUUUCUCCGCGGCUCCGGCAUUCCACGGCCGUAUUUCUUCCUUCGCUGUCACAGAUAAACACGGGGAGGGCGGCUCGGCCGAGAGCGGAGCCCAGGCUCCUCUCCAGCCAGCGUCGACCUCUCUGCUGGGAUGGGGACACAUUGCUGUUCCCCUUUGUGCGGCUGCCAAAGCAAAGCCAGUGCAAAGGUUGCCUCUAAACAGACAAGUGUCUUCUCUCGGUGUCUCCAGAAGAGCCUGCUGGCCUUUCCCCUUGUUCGUUCUUCCUCGUCCCCCUCGCGCAGCCUGAAUCACUGCAGCCCGUCUCUUCGACGCCUCUGGAGACCCUCGCUGGCUCCGGUCGAGGCUGCUGGGCCUGAGCAAGGAGCACCGGGGCUGGACCCGCUCUGCCUCCCUAGCCCCAGCUGCUGUCUGUGCGCGUCAGGGACGCAGCCCCGAGGGCAGGCCAGACAGAUGCACAGCAUAGCACGAGGGAAGUGGAGCUGCUAAUGAAGAGCCGGCUAAAUCCUUUCUGAGACGGGGAAGGAAUUUGCAUCCUGUCAAAACAGAAGCGUUUCAGCUGGAGAGAUGUGCAGGGGGGUGGCUGCAGCAGGGCUGCCACGGUGCGUGACGGGGCUUGUCUGCUAAAGCCUCCGGAGCUAGCCGCGCCUCGUCUACCUGCCUCUCGGGGCCACAGCCCUUUCCAUGCGCUGAAGUAACACGGCCUCCCCCUCGCCGUUCCUUGGCAGCGGGGAGAGAAGGGGCCAUAUGAUUCAGCCCUUCCCUUGGCAGAGAGAUCAUUUCCUUAGGAACGGAGUCAGACACAUCCAUGAAUUAAUCGCGGAAGAUCUCUCCCGGAGCGCCAGCCUCUCGGAGAAGGAGCUGAAGGAGGCCAAAGCCCGGAGCCAGAGGAUCGCGGCCCAGCUCGCCACCCCGCCCUGCUCCAACUCCAAAGGCGUGCUGCUCUUCCACCGGCGCAAGCAGCGCGUGAACGAGUUCACUUCCGAAAGCCUUGGCAGCAGCAGGCAGCAAGCGGCCGGGAGAGACGGCCCCCGGGCCCUGCCGCACGGCACCCCGCACCAUGGGACGGAGCUGAGCUUGAGCCGGCCGGCAGAAGGCAGCCGCGAGCCGGGGGGGUCACGCCACGCCAAGUAUCCCGGGCUGCCGGCACGCGGAGACACGAUGGAGGCCUACGAGGAAAACGCUCCUUUAGAAAAACCACGGUCCUCUCCUGGGAACGGGGAGGAGAUGCCCUCUCAGGCCAGCACGCUGUCAUCCCUCGAGGGGUCUCCCGGCGAGGACGUUCCCCUGAUCCCUCUAAGCGUCUACUUAAAGGAGACCACGGAGAUGGCAGCCACCAAUGGAGUGCACGAACCUGACAGCGGCCAGCACGCGCCACUGACCGUCCACGAGAAGAGCGCGCCGGACGGCCUCAAAGAAAUGGAGCAGCGCCCGGCGGUUCUUGCAGAGAUGCACGAUGCACACGUCGACAAGGAGAAGAACGGAGAGGUUCUCGGCAUGGAGCAGCCCAUGCCGGCGCCCGAGAAAGAGGAGGCCGUGCCUGCUGCCAGCCCAGAGACAACGGUCCCGGGGGUCAGCAAGGAGCAGAACGGGGCGCCCAAAAGGCAGUACUGCGAGGUGCACCUCACCCUGGCCAAACCCAAACCGGUGAAGAACAGGACGGCCAGGCCCUUUGGGACGCAGUCCUCCGCUGUGCCAAUCCAACCAGCCGAGAAACCGCCCGCGGUGGACCUCCCUGAGCCGCCCACCUACACCGAGACCUUGUCCAGCCCUCCUCCGGUGACGAGAGUCUGGUCACCUCCGGCCUAUUCAGCCUUGUAUCCUAGCCCGGAGCAGAAGCCGCUCGUUAUACAAAGCUCGAGGAGCGUGGAAAGCAAAUCGGGGCCCGUGCCUAAAACGGGGGUCCUGGAGGAGUCUGUAACCCGGCGGGGGAAUAAAAAAUCCAUGUUCACCUUUGUGGAAAAGCCCAAGCUGGGCCCCAACCCGGAUCUGCUGAAUUUAGUGCAGAACGCAGACAGCAGGAAGAAGCAGAAGGAUCACGGAGAGCCAGCCCCGGAGGAAGAGCCCUUUGCCCUCGGGGCCGAAGCCUCCAACUUCUUGCAUGAAAAUGCACCCAAAGCCGGGCCUCACUUGGCCCCUGCCGACAACCCCCCAGCCUGGUCUUCGUGCCUGAGGUCCCCGAGGAUCCAGCCGAAACCUAAGAUAAAGCCAACCCAAAGCCUCACGGAAGCCAAGGGAAAAGGGGCCGAGCUAUUUGCCCGGAGGCAGUCGCGGAUGGAGAAGUACGUCAUCGAGUCCCCCGCCCACCCUCGCGCCGCCAGGUCGCCGUCGCCCACCAUGUCGCUGCCUCCUUCGUGGAAGUACGAUCCCAGCAUGCCCGUAUCGCCCAUGGUCUCCAGACACGCGGUCAAGAGUCCCUCCCGCCCUGCCAAGACGCCGCCGGCCUCCUUGUACAGCGGCUACGUGACAGAGAGCGAGAUCGCCCAGAAGGAGCUGGAGAUCUCCAAGCAGCAGCCGUAUCAGCUCCAGCCAUCCUUGUUCAUCCUUUCGCCCUCUAAAGACCCCCUGAGGUCUUUGCCGCGAGGGGCACCACCGCCGAAACCCAUGCCGCCCGACCCGCAGGCGUACACGAGACAAACCUCCUGCCCGACCGCUCCCUUGCCACCCUCCCCUGUUCUGCACCCGCCAGCCCUGUCGACUUCGAGCAGACCCAUGUCCCGUCCUUUUUCUGCCACCAUUGGGACUGUCCCCAUGACCCAAGACAUCCGAGCGAGCGCCAGAGCCCCACUGGAAGUCCCUGUGGCUUCCCCAUCCCGGGUGCUGCUGCCAGCAGCCAGAGGAGUCUUCCAAGCUCCUAGACCGUCGUACUCCACCAGGAGCGCAGGGAUUGAAGCCCAGGACCGACGCAGCUCCCUCCCCACCUCCCCCACCUGCGCGCCACGGUUUGUGCCCCGCAUGGGCAGCCUCGACGGCUGGCUGAGCCCGACCCUGCUACCGGAGCCCGAGGAGAGCUUGGCCGAGCUCCGCCACGUCGCCAGCCCCCCGCCUCCCCCCAUGUCGCCGGCUUGGAGCGACAGGUCCCUGUCCCCGCUGCGGCAGGAGCCCGACCUCAAGGCCAGCCGGCAAAUGCAAGCACGCCUGGCGAGGAACAUCAUCAAUGCUGCCCGCAGGAAGAGCUCGUCGCCCAAAGCGCCGGGCACCGAGGGCAUCCAGCCCUUCACGCCUCCCACCAGGAGCACCGGCAGCCCCUGCCCGAGCCCGCUGCAAUCUCUGAGGCUGGAGGGACCCAGACAGGCCAGCACCGGGCCCCCGGGGGCCUGGUCCCCGACCGAACAGAGCCCACUUCAGUCCCCGAGAGCAGCCCACAGUGCCAGGGCUGGCGCGUCCAGCAGCCACGGGAACUCCCUGCCGGCUCCCAAAGCCGCGUGGAUGGACGGCCACAGGGUCUUCGUGCCUGCCCCCAAUGCCGGGGGGCUCCCAGCCAGCACCUCUGCUUGCCCCAGCCCUGGGAGCCUAGCUGCCUCCUCUCUGCUCUUCAAGACCCCCCCGGUGGGGACGCGGUCCCCCGCGAAACCCUACGCCUCGCGCUCGCCGACGGACUCCGACGUCUCCCUCGACUCGGAAGACUCCGGGGCCAAGUCCCCCGGCAUCCGCAGCUUCAACAUCUGCCCGCGGGGCUGGAACGGGAGCCUGCGGCUGAAGCGGGCGAGCUUGCCCUCCGAGGCUCCCUGCACCUCCUAGGCUGGGGGAGGGCGGGGGAGGAUGGAGCUGCAGAGCACAGAGACCUGGCGACCGAGCCCAGGUGGGGAAAUGGGGUUGGCGGGGCCGUACCCAGCAAACUGACCCCUUUCAGCACCUCUCUCCCGGCCUGCUGCUUGCUGGAGGCUUCGACCAAGGCAGAGACCUCAUCCCCAGGCAGGACAGACCUGUUGGCUCACGACCGCCAGCCCCAGGACCUUGUUGGCUCCAUGCAACACCUCUGCGGAGCUGCUCCGACACGUGAUUUGCUCUCCUGGAUGUUGAUCGGAGCCAGCAAUAGUGGCUGAGCCUGAGUGGGACUGGAGAACCCCGGCCUGGGUUUGCUUGUGCCUGGCAGACCCCAGGGAGAAGGCACCAGCCCCCAGGGGUGCUGAGACUGCCCUGCCUAAUGCAGCCUGCCAGUCCCGACCUUUCCAGCUCCCUGCCUGGCUGUGCCCUGGAUGAAGGCUGCUGUGUGCUCUGGCCCCUGGGCCUGGCUCUUUCCCCGGCAGCUGGGAGCCUGGUGCGUGCCUGGAGCACAGAGCUGAGGUCCAGAUGGCCCCACUGCCUCUCCCGCGAGCUGCAGGACUCAUGCUCUGCUCCCGACCUGCUCCGGAGACGCGGCUUCUCCGUACUGCUGCGGAGAGCUAUGUGGUCCCAGAGAUGCCGGUGGCCCUGUGAUGUGGGCAUAGGGCAUGUGGACUGCACCCUCCCCAUCCUGCACCCUCCCCAUCCUGCUGCUGCCAGCUCCCCCAGGCGGCGCCCACUCCGGACCCCAGCGAGGCUGGGAGAUUUGUAGCUGCAUCGGGCAUGCACUGACCCCUUGGGCCAUAGCUCCCUUCUGGGCACCAGUGACUCUAACCCACGUGGAGGGAAGAGAGGCCGGGUGGCUGGGAGCAGAGGCUCCUUCGCCCUGCAGGGUGAAAGAGCUGGACCUCUCGGUGACAUGGUCCUGGCCAAGACAGGACUCACUGUCUCUCCCCGCUGCCCUUGACCUGCACUCGCUGGACUCCAGGGGCUUUGGAGACCACCAAGAAGGAGCCCAGGGCGCAGGGGAGGCGGAGGGGCUGGUCAGCUAUGAGGCCCCUAGAGAAGGUCACCUUGGGGGUUCCCGGGGGGUGUCCUCGCCCCCCACCAGCUCACCUCGCUCUCGUGGCUUGCAGCCCGCGGUCUGAUUGGCAGGGAGCCCAGGGCACAUCAGGUGCUCCUUAGCUCUGGCUAUUUUUGUCACCCUAACCUUUAAAGGCAGGAGUCAGCUCCCCUCCACCAUGAUCCCGGGUGCCGGCGGCUCCGUCCUCACCUGCACAGAGCCUGCUGCCUUCCCCAGCCCCCCCCCAGGUGGGUAGGGGCCACGUCCUCCUGACCUCCCAGCCCCAGCUGCUGCCCUGGCACACAGACUUGGCUGCACAGGCACCAGGGACAGCACAUGGGCUCGUUGGAGACUGAGGAUAUCCUGGGUCCAGACCUAUCCCAGUGGAUGCAUAUGCAUCCUUUGCACCCAGCCAGGCUGCACCUGGGACCCCCCCAGGCCUCCGCUAGUGAAGCAGGACAUCAUGGCUUUGUGAGAGGCAGGGGCAUCACAUACAAGGUCUCGGUACUUGUUGUGACCCGUGCAGGGUGACAGGCAGGGAAAGCAGGUCCCAUCGGGUGUCCUCACCCCCUGGAAAUGAGUGUAUGGGGGGUGGGACCCAGUGGACCCCCAGGAGCUGAGCUGGGGGAAUUGCUUGAGUCCUUGAGCACCGCAGGUCCAACGUUUCCAGCCAAACACAAUUCUUUAAGGGGAAGAAAUGGCUCUUUCCACCCCGCUGGCCUGGAGAAGGCUUUGCUGCCUUCACUGUUUUCCCUGUAGUGUCAGAGAAGAAGAAAACAGGAGAAACGUGUGAGGGGGUUCACUUCUCCAUCCCACGCCGACCAGCAAGGCGGCAGGAUACUGGCCCAGAUCUUGUUACAUGGGCGGUUGGGUUUCUUGGAAAUGUCCUGGGUGAAUAUGGAUCCUCAAGGCAGAGGGAGCUUUGCUGUCCAGGAGCAGGAGCUGGGGUGAGCUGUUGGGACUUGGGAAGGGAGUGGAGCUGGGGGGCUAGAAGCCACAUGUCCUCGCUGGUGGUGUGGGAACGAGGAGGCUAGGACAGUGCUUUUUUCCAGGAGCAUGGGUGCAGUCACACAGGAGAGACGCAGCCACUGAUGCCAAGGCUGGCCCAGCAUCAUCCUCCUGCCAACCAGUGCUGCCCCGGCCCCUGCGCUGGGUCAACACGAAUGCUGGGAGGGGUAAAACUAGCCCCUGCACCGCAGGGAACCCCCCUGGCAGCUGUGCUCCCUGCAGAAACCCCUCGCCAGCCUCUCCAGGUACAGGCCUGCCUGGCACACAACGCUGCCCCCUGCACAUACAUGUACGCACACAUGUUCUGCUUGGACACGGCUCGGACAUGCUGCCUGCAGGGAUCCAUGCAACUGGGGAUGCUCUGCAGAGGCUGGAGCAUUUCCAGGCUGCCCAGAGUCCCUGUGGGACCAGCCUGCUGGGAGCGCUCCCUCCCGGGGACUUCAGCAAGCCCCCCAGCUUGCAGCAGGCUGCCACCGCCUUGCGUGUUGCCACGCUAUUGUAUACUGAGCUCAGAAAUAAACCUGGCAUUAUCCCA